AUGCCGCUGCAGAAGCUUUCAGACGUGGCUCGUGCUGUGCCAGUUCCGAAUGGACAGUCCCAGCCGGCCGCUACCAGCUCGGCUACAAAGAUCUACCGCUGGAUCGAGUUUGCCAACAAAGGUGAGCAGAUCACGGAGUUUGAUGAGAGCCACUUUCAGCUGCAAGGGCACUUUGAGUCGAACUCCUCGGAGGGCCAUAAGACCUACCAGGACCGGCUUCGAAGCAUCCACUUCCGCAAAGAAGGCAAGACGAAAGCCGAAAUCGCAAGGUUGCUAGGCCGGUCGGAGCAGUUCGUCGCCAAGUGGUGGCAGAAGGACGAGCGGGAGAUUCCCCGCCCGUGGGGUGUUCACGAGUACAUGUCCAAGGAGCUGGGGUCGAAGACGGCGACGAGUGAAGCCACACUCACUGAGAACUCGGAGGUGACGACGGCCGCCUGGUGGCGGGACAUCGAGGUUAGACGGAAGUACCAUGUGGAUCCUGACGUCUAUGACGAGCUCCUGAACAACACGGAGUGGAAGUCGAACGCAGCCCGCACACGAGACUUCUCGACUGGUGCCUCCCACGUCAAGUACGACAAGGAGGGCAAGAUGAAGCUGCAGGGCAACCAGAGUGCCAAGUACACCAAAGGCUCAUCACCGGCCUUCGACAAGAUGCUUCAGAAGUUUUUCUCCGAGUAUGGUCUCGCGGAGCGGACGUCGGGCAUCGCCCUGAACUGGUAUCCCGACGGUGACUCCGUUCUGGGCAGCCACCGCCAUGACUGCUGGACUGCGCUCUUCUCCUUCGGCCACGAGCGCAUUCUGACGAUCGACAAGACGCCGCUUCUGCUUCAAGACUGCGACCUGGUCAUCUUCGGCACCCAGCGGCAUGGCGUACCGAAGAUGCCCGAGAUCAAGGGCGGGCGCAUCACCGUGCCGAUCUUCUUCUACCCGACCCACAUGCAGAUGAAGAAGCAAUGGCAGACCCUCACCGAUCCUGAAGACCCGCGUCGUUCCGCGGAGCUGGCGAAGCUGCAGUCUACGCAUCAGCUGGGCAGCGACACGGUGAGCCAGGCGCUGUGGAGCGACCCCCAGCGCAGUUUAGCUCUGGAGCAGUUGCUGCAGCUAGGCUUCGAAGAGGGCGCCUCUCGCAACGCACUGCAGGCUGCGGGCUUCGAUGCAGAGCAGGCUGCCGAAUUGCUGCUCCUUGCUGGUGCUGGUGGGCUCGAUCUGAUGAUGGGCAGCGCCGAGGAGCCCAUGCCUAUGCAGAGCGAGCUCGAGGACGUGCCCUCCUCUAGCUCAUCAAGCGCCGUGCUCCGCAGCACGCGCUGGGCCAAGCGAGGGCCGUCUACAGCAGAGGAUGAGUCGCUGGCCUUGAAGCUGCAGUUUGAAGAUGAGGGCUCGCCGCCCUUUGACGCCAUUGGCUGCUGCGAUGUGCAUGGGGCAGACAUGGAUGCAGCUCUUGCUGCACAAAUUGAGGAGGAAGAGAACGCAGUGGGGGAUGACAAGACCUUCCUUCUAGCGCAGCAGUUCGAAGAGUACGAGCAGCAGAUGAAGCGCGACGAUGCGGAGAGAUGGCACGGGAAAGGCGACCUCAUGCAGUCGAGCUUCGCGCGUGAGAACCUCUCGCUCGAGACCAUGGAGAAGGUCACUUGCUACUCACUGGGCCAUGGGCAGAUGAGUGAGAGAGGCUUCUAUGAGCUGUUGCAGGUGAGCUCCAUCAAAGUCCUCUACGAUUUCCGAGCCAGUGACCAUCGUGGAGAGGUUCAUUCGCCCUGCCCGCAUUUCACCGUCCGCGCGCUGAAAUCGAGCUGCCGCGUCCGGGGCAUCGCAUACAAGCAUGUUGCACUGGGGCGAGAGUCUGCCUAUGGCAUCCUGAAGCACGUGAAGACUGAUGAGGCGCAACAUGCUCUGAUCGAGCUGGUCUGGCAUGCCAAGCGCGGCAAGACGUGCUUCUUGGGCUUCGACCCGAACUGGAAGCAUGACAGCCGACAGGUCAUUGCGGAGGAGCUGGUCAAGGCGGGCCAUGCCGUAAAGCACAUCGACAGCACCGGUGCUGCUGAAGACCACGAGCGCAUAGACAAGUGGCCGGACUUCCUCGUUCAGGAGGAAGACCGCUUGCGCACGUUGGAGAAGCAGCGGCAGGCUGGCGACCUCCGACGCCAAGAGAAGUCGGCCGUGGAUCGCUCUUCUGAGGCUGUUGCAGCAAAGCUGAUGAGGCCUCAGCAAGAGAUUGAUGCCAUGGACGAGCUCCGUGCAGCUUCCAAUCAGGUAGAACUCGAACGGGCCCAGCGCAACCUGGCACGUCUGCAGCGCAUCGGCGACAAGCAUGGGGCUUUAGCCGGCAAAGUCGUCAAGGCGGCUCCACAGUGGGUCCUGGAGCAAGCGCGAGAGCAGGUGGAGUGGAUUGCAAAGAAGAAGGCCGCAAAGCUUGCGGCCGAGGAGGCAAAAGAGAAGGCUGAGCCAGCCGAGGAGGAGCAACUGGAUCGCGCCAGUGCUGAAAGUCAGGCUCCCCGGGAGCAAGGCACAAGCCGCAGCGAAGGAGGUGGAGCCCGCGAAGCCCGGGACCCUGCGGUUGCCGAGCCUGGCUUUGCCGCUGGCAUCGCAGAGGACUUCUCUGUAGAGUGUCGUGGGUGUUCGCUUCAGCUACCCUGGAGUCUUCUUGAGGCCGGGGAUGGCCUUUGCCCUGAGUGCGUGACGCACAUCGCCACUGCCAGUGCGGCAUGCGGCGCACCAGAGGCAGCGACAGCAUCCACUCGGAGCCCAGCAUCAGAGCCAUCCGAGGAGUCCUUUGAUUCGGACCCUGCCCAUCUUGCUGCCACCGCCGCUGCUUGUGAAGGUCCGGCGCCCAGCCGAACUGGCCGCGCAUGGGGCCGACGCUUUGCCCAGAAGGGUGCCGAAAGCACCAGCGUGACUGAGGCUGUAGAUCCUGCUGGGUUGUGGCAGUAA